AUGAUGAAUGACUCCAAACUGGAAACCGAGAUGUCCGAAGUGGACAACACUUUGGGUGAGGAUCUGGUGAAAGAAGUGCUUCAGUCGGGCGUCGAUUUGCGGUCUUAUAGUAAAGAAGUGGAGAAGUCUUUGACGGACAUCGAGAACGCGUCGGUCAAUGACUACAUCCUGCAGUCGGAAGCGAUCGCAUCCUUGCAUUCGGAGAUCACGUCUUCGGACCAGAUAUUGGAGCGCUUGGAGGGCAUGUUGUGCUCCUUUCAGGCAGACUUAGGCAACAUCUGUCAGGAGAUACUAUCGCUUCAGGAGCUGUCGGUGUCACUGAACCAAAGGCUCAAAAACAAGCAAACGAUUCGUUCAAAUCUGAGUCAAUUCGUGGACGAC